UGUAACUGCACCAUAAUGUUGUAACUUGUUACAAAGACUAACAAUUUAGUAAGUAGUUUAAUAACAAAUUUUAAGAGAUGGUUAAAUUUUAGAAAAAAUAAAAUGCACAUAUUAUUUUUUAAUACGGUGCUCAUACUAUCUAUUAUACAUAUAAAAGGAUUGGAUAAUUCAAGAGAACGAUGCGGUGUCCCUGUUGUUAAGGGGCCUUGUCAAAACUGGAUACAUAAAUGGUAUUUCGAUUCAAUUUUAUAUGAAUGUAAAAUUUACUUAAGUGGUACCUGUAAAAGUGAAAAUAUGUUUGACUCUGAAGCAGAAUGCUUGUACUUUUGUGUCGGCGGUAAAAAUCAUAAUUAUACUAACCAUUAUUUGGGAUCUUUAAAUCAAAAGUAUGAAUUUGAUACAUUUACUUUGGCACCAAUUGCAUUUGACGAUAGGGGAGCAGAAUUAACAUUCGCAGAAAGUGGUUAUCAUACAGUAUUUAUGAUGGCUAAAAAUAAUGCAUUUAUUCAACUAGAUGGUAAUCGGAUUCCUACUUUUCAACUUAGAUUGUGUCGUGAGAUUUCAUUUCAAUUUCGUACACGUUUACCUCACGGACUUUUAGUGUAUCAUAGUGUGAAAGAUAGACCUGCUGGUCUUCCUCCAUAUGCAUUAUAUGUUAUUGUAGAAAAGGGUCAACUAAAAGUAGUUCAUGUUUAUGGUAAACAUUCAACGUCAGUAAUAGUUGGAGAAGGAUUAAAUCAUGAUAUAUGGCACACAGUCACGGUCCGAAUAGAUGUACACGGUGCACGACUUAUAGCUAAAGUCGAUAAUAUAAGUUCUGAAAAAAUUAUACAAGGACUACAUAUGGGUAGUAAUUAUGGUAUUUCUACAGAUUUGACUUCGGUUGUUUUAAUUGGCGGUCUUAGUCCUGAAGAAAAACUACACGGUGUAAAAUAUAUAAUAGAAUCAUUUGUAGGAUGUAUAAAAGAAAUGGUAUUAAGUGCUGGUAAAGCUGCGUCCGAUUUACUACCGAUAAAACCAUUAAUUGCUACUAAACAUGAUAAUGUCCAAGAAGGAUGUAUCGAUAAAUGUCAAACUGAAGAUAAUAUUUGUUUUAAAGGAAGUUUAUGUAUUAAUCAUUAUAAUCAACUAUCGUGUGAUUGUUUCGGAACAUUGUACGAAGGGGAAUACUGCGAUAUAUAUGCUUCUACGGUCUUAACUCUUCGAGGUUCAUCUUACGUGUCAUAUCGUGUAUAUGAUUGGAAAGAUCGAGUUCAUUCAAGUAUGAGCCGAAUAAGUUUUAUGUUUAAAACUAGAUUUGAUGAUUCUGCGUUAUUUUAUGCCAGUGGUGAAUCUCAUAAACACCAUCACAUUGCCACGUCUAUAUAUAAUGGAUCAGUUUUGGUUGAAAUUGAAUUAGGAGAUGGUGAACCAAUAGUUGCAACUCUUGGCAACAACACAAAUUCGAAUCAAUGGAACAAUUUAACAAUUUUACAUAAAGAUAACAAUGUUGACAUAAUUUUCAAUGAAGAAAUAAUAAGUUAUACUUUAGCAGGAGUUAAAAAUUAUCUUUAUAUUGAUCCAGAAAUUUAUUUUGGGGGUGGUCCAUCGCUAUCUAAUAAACCAGGUUUAAAAUCACACAAUAAUUUUGUUGGAUCAUUAAAAUACGUAUUUUUCAAUGACAUAUCAAUUCUUUACGAGUUAAAAAAAGGAAAUCCUAAAGUACACUACAUUGGUAUUUUAUCACCAGAAUUGACUGAAAUGGAAGUUGAUAUGAUACCAAUAACUUUACCAUUUCCUUCUUCUCAUAUUAUAUGGCCAGUAGCAUCUCAAAAUCAUAUAAAUUUAAUGUUUGAUUUUAAAAGUCAUAAACACAUGGCUGUUUUAGUAUCUUCAUCUGUCACUACCUCGGUUCAGAAUUCAUCCGGAUUUUGGGAGUUAAGAAUGGUUAAUAAUGAAAUACGGUUUGAACUUACACCAUCAUCUAGUAAAAAUGUAACACAAUUAAUGACUGUGAAAUAUGACUUGAAUAUCGAAGGAUCUUGGCAUAAGAUAUCUCUUAAUUAUACCAAAGGUUUACUUACAUUAAAUGUAAAUGGCAAUAAUAAGACUACAUUUCUUAAUGGUAUUCAACAUUUUUUGGCUGACCAAACAAUAACUAUUGGGAGUGGAAUUGGAGGAAAAGGAAGUUUUGGUCUUGUAGGUUGUAUAAGAGAAAUUUGGCUUGAUGGUGAUUUUUUAGAAGCAAGGUACAUGGUAAAAACAAACCGAACAACAGGUCAAAUAUCUAUCGAUAAUUGUCAAUUAGUUGAUCCGUGUAAAAGACCAAAUGCAUGUGAGCAUGAUGGUAAAUGUUCCGUAGUAGAUGAUGAGGUUAUUUGCGAUUGUAAGGGUACUGGAUAUAUUGGCAAAAAUUGUCAUUUUGCUCAAUUUCGUAAGACGUGUGAAGAACUUGCCCUUUUAGGAUAUACCAAACCUGAUGUUUAUUUAAUUGAUAUUGAUGGCAACGGCAAAUUCCCUCCAGGUCAUGUCAAAUGUGAAUUUGGUGCUCAAGGAGAUUCAAAAACUAUUGUAGAACAUAAUUUACCUAGCCAAAUUGACGUAAGAAGUGCUGCAGAAUCAGAUUUUAGUUUUACAAUAACGUAUAGAGAUUUUCCACCUGAAAUGUUAAAAGAACUUAUAUUACAUUCAUUACAUUGUAGUCAAUACAUUAAGUAUGACUGCUAUAAAGCUCCAUUGGAUCUUCAUUCAGCUACAUGGUUUACAUCUGCGGCACAAGAUGAAAUUAUUAAUUUUAUUGGCAAUGCGAAACGAGGAUCUUGCCCAUGUUCAGUUAAUAAAACUUGUUUAAAUCGUACACAUUCUUGUAACUGCGAUUUUCUUGAUGCUAAAUGGCAUUCCGAUGAAGGUUUCUAUCAAACUUCAAAAUAUGGAGGUUUAGGUAUAACGAAAAUGGUAUUCUUACAACAAGAAAAUUUACAAUCUGAUGCACUAGGACGAAUUACAUUGGGCCCGUUAGAAUGUGUAGAAACGAAUACACAAAAGUAUGUAGUUACAUUUACAACAAGUCAGUCUUAUAUAGAAGUUCCUGGAUGGAGAAAAGGGGACAUAGCAUUUAGUUUUCGAACAACUGGUGAAAAAGCUAUCCUACUUUAUCAACCACCAAUUCGAAGACAACAUCCAUCUUUUAUGGUUGCACUAACUAGUGAUUUCAAACUAACUUUUAAUUUCACAUUAAAUUCUGGAAAGUCGAGAGAAAUGGAAGUAAAAUCAAGACGGCGAUUAAAUAACGGAGAAUGGCAAAAAAUUUGGAUUGAUUACAACUCACACCACGUUCGUUUUAUGAUCAAUACGGAUUAUGAAAUGAUUGAUUUACUGCCGAAUGAAAAAUUUGGACCAUUUGAGGGUAGCAUGUAUAUUGGAGGUGCUACAGAAGAUUUACUUCAAGUUACAUCAGUUAGUCAAGGUUUGAUUGGCUGUUUUCGUGGUUUAGUAGUAAAUGGUGAAAUACUUGAUAUUUAUUCUUACAUGAGCGUGCAUUUAUCAGAAAUUAUUAAAGAAUGUAAACCAUCAUGUGCACCUAAUCCAUGUAAGAAUGGUGCAAAAUGUAAAGAACUUUGGAGCACCUUUCAAUGUGUUUGUGAAAAUCCUUGGGCUUAUAGCGGAAUUUAUUGUGAAAAUAAUAUUAACACUCAAGGACUGACUUUUAUUACAAGAGAAUCAUAUUUUAAGCGAAAUUAUUUUAUAAACAAUAUCACUGAAUUAAGUCAAGAAUCGUAUUAUAAGCUAUUAACAAAAAACAUACUGAUGAAUUUAAGAACGUAUGAUGAAAAUGCAUUGAUUCUUCAUGCAAAUGAUCAUUUAAAUAAUUUUGUUCAGCUAUUUAUUUUGAAUGGAAAUUCUGUGGUAUUUGUAUUUAAUCACCGUCAUAAAAUAUAUAAUAUUACUGUAAAAUAUCCUGGAUUAAACCGCGGAAAAUCUAUUCAAUUAGCCAUAGUAAGAACAGAAAAUACAACAACAUUACAUGUUAACGACGCCAACAGUUCUGUUCCUGUGAGUUUAAGUUUAUUAGUGAAUUAUACUAGUAAACCUUGGAUUAAUCCAGAAUUGGAGGUUUUGUCUCCACAAAGACCACCAGCUCCUCCUACAGAAUACUUUCAAGUUAAUAUUGGUGGAUUUGACCCUGAAAAUUUAAUCAGUAGCAAAAAGGAGCUUUUGAAAUUAGCAGGUUACGUUGGUUGCGUUAGAGGAUUAAAAAUUGAUGACUUUGUUGUCAGCUUCAGUAGUCUUGGCUUAGCUAGUUCUUCUUUUAACACUUUAAAAGAGAAAGAUUUACGAGGGAUAAUUUCUGGUUGUAAUAUGAAAUGUGACGAGCAACAGCCAUGUAAAAAUAAAGGGAUUUGUAUAGAAAAUUUUGAAAAAGGAGGUAGUUCUUGUGAUUGUGAGCAUACUUCUUACUAUGGAGAUUUUUGUGGUUUAGAUAAAGGUGCUGACUUUAGUGGUUUAUCAGUCUUAAGACGUAAAUUCCUUCUCGAAGGACCUGUCACUCAAGUUAAAUUAAAUCUUGCUUUCUCGAGUAGCGAUAAAAGGCAACGUAGUACAGUAUUAUUGCUAAUUCAAACAGAAAACAAGAGAAGUUAUUAUUUAAUUGUCGCCUUGAAUGAGAAAGGAGAAAUGAUUUUCGAAGAAGACCGUGAAGGAACUGGUGGAGCAUUUGGUGCUCGUAUAAAAGAUAGAAAUUUUUUAAAUGGAGCAAGACAUUCGGUGUAUUACAAAAGAACUGAAUCAAGUUCAGUAUUAAUGGUUGAUAGAGAUCCGGUAGAACUCAAAAAAAUUCCAGUCUUAAGUCUAACAGAUACUUUAACAGAUAUUACAGCCGGAGAUAAUGAAGUCCAAAUUGGUGGACUCAAUACUACAGAUCCUCGAUUUGCUUCUUAUACAAGUUAUAGUGGAUGCAUCUCAAAUGUAAUUUUGGAAGUUAAUUACAACAAUAUGAGACCAUUAGAUGAAUAUAUGUUAUUCACAAAAACUGGUAGUGAAAAAGUCAACGUAACUAAUUCACAAGGAGUUCGCAGUGCUCAAUGUGCUUCAUUUGAUGACAUUCAUAAACCAAGACCUGGGCCUUCACUAAAUAUAAGUUAUGGAGUAGAACAAACUUGGGUUUUAGAUCCACCAGCUCGAAUGUCUUAUGAUUCAAAAUAUGCAAAAGUUUUAACUCAACAGGACAACACAUUUAAUAUUAUUGUAUUGAUCAUGUCUUGUUUUCUCUUCCUUAUUAUUGUGUCGGUGUCAUACCAUGCUUAUUGCACACACGUUCAAUGGAAAAAGCGUCGUGAUGAAGAAAUUAAUGCAGAGAUAGCAAGGAAUAAAAGACAAUCAAUUCAGAUGCAGGAAGGAUACAAAAUCAAUAAAGUGGAUGAUAAGCAAGUUAAUGGAAUAACGUUAGAAAUGAAAACAUUGAGCAAGCAACCACUUCCAACAUUACGGUUUUACGCCCCACCCGAAGAAAAUGAUGGAAUAAAAGCAAAAGAAUUUCGAAUUGAGCCCAGAUUUAAACAUUCUACUAUACGAGGAUACUUAAAUAAGCCUGAAUUAACAUGGGAACCUAUUGAAGAAUCCUCUGAAAUAUUGGAAGAAAAUUUUGAAGAACAAACAUCAAUCCAUUAGAAUUUAAUAAAACUAUGAACUCAUAAUUGAUUUAAAGAUUCUAUUUUGACUUUAAAUAAACACAUAAUGUACUUUGAAAUUUUUAAUAUUUAACAUUUGUUUACAAAAUAAAAAUUGAAUAUUGCCUUUUA